AUGCUGGAGCGGUGCCUCGGCCAGCAGCGAGUCCGCCGGAUCCAACGCGCGGUCCGCCAUGCCAAAGUCACAUUCCUCUGCCUCUUCAUGACCGUCGUCGUCAUGCGCGGGAUGCUCGGCGCCGGGAAGUUCGGGACUCCGGCUCAGGACCUCGACGAUCUGACGACUCACUUCUACGCCUCCAGGAAGCACGCCGAGCCCCACCGCGUGCUUGUCGAGGCGCAGCCGGAGAACGAGAACGAGAACCAGAGCAACGACCCGAAGAACUACGCGACGUUCGAUUUCAACAAGAUCUUGAAGGACGAAGGGGGCGAGGACGAGAAGCCCGAUCCGAACAAGCCGUACACGUUGGGGCCGAAGAUUUCCGAUUGGGACGAGCAGCGAGGCGAGUGGCUGAAGAGAAACCCUAAUUUCCCCAAUUUCAUCCGCGAGAACAAGCCGCGGGUGCUCCUGGUGACCGGAUCUUCCCCCAAGCCCUGCGAGAAUCCCGUCGGCGACCAUUAUCUGCUGAAAUCGAUUAAGAACAAGAUCGAUUACUGCCGGCUCCACGGGAUCGAGAUCUUCUACAACAUGGCCUUGCUCGAUGCCGAAAUGGCCGGGUUUUGGGCCAAGCUGCCGUUGAUUAGGAAGCUGCUGCUGUCGCAUCCGGAGGUCGAGUUCCUAUGGUGGAUGGACAGUGAUGCGAUGUUCACCGACAUGGCUUUCGAGCUGCCGUGGGAGAGGUAUAAGGAUGUGAAUCUGGUGAUGCACGGUUGGAACGAGAUGGUUUACGAUCAGAAGAACUGGAUUGGGCUGAACACAGGUAGCUUUCUGCUGAGAAAUAACCAAUGGGCGUUGGAUCUUCUCGACGCCUGGGCGCCGAUGGGGCCGAAGGGAAAGAUUAGGGACGAAGCUGGGAAAAUCCUUACACGGGAGCUGAAAGGAAGACCUGUUUUCGAAGCCGACGAUCAGUCCGCCAUGGUUUAUCUGCUUGCUACACAGAGGGAUACUUGGGGGAACAAGGUCUAUCUAGAGAGUGGUUACUAUUUGCACGGUUACUGGGGGAUUUUGGUUGAUAAGUACGAGGAAAUGAUUGAGAAUUAUCACCCGGGCUUCGGCGAUCAUCGAUGGCCAUUGGUGACUCAUUUCGUGGGUUGCAAGCCUUGUGGGAAGUUCGGCGACUACCCGGUGGAGAAAUGCUUGAAGCAAAUGGAUCGUGCUUUCAACUUCGGCGACAAUCAGGUUCUGCAGAUAUAUGGGUUCACCCACAAAUCCCUGGCCAGUAGGAGAGUGAAACGAGUUCGUAACGAGACGGGCAAUCCUCUGGAAGCGAAGGACGAUCUCGGGUUGAUGCACCCUGCUUUCAAAGCUGUGAAGGUAUCAACAUCUUCUUGA